AUGGUAAUUUCCAGUCUUGUACUUCCGGUUUUGGGACGCAUCCAGUUUCGACGUAAAGGUCGAGGUUCGGGCUUUCGCUUUCGACCUUUUAUAUCUAAACGGAAACCGUCUCACCGAUUACAUGAGAGAGGAGGACUUUUGAAGGAAACAUUCCGAGCUUCCGGCCAUUUUUUCGAUUUCGCACGUUCUCUUGACCUCCCGGCCAAUCAGGAAACGCGCGAAUUGGAUAAAGUUUCGGAUUUUUUGGAUGCCGCCAUCAAAGGAAAUUGUGAGGGACUGAUGGUCAAAAGUUUGGAUUCGACUUACGAAAUCGACAAGCGUUCUAAUAAAUGGCUUAAACUUAAAAAGGAUUACCUGGAUUCAACGGGGGAUACCUUUGAUUUGGUGAUAAUAGGAGCUUAUCAGGGGCAAGGCAAAAGAACGGGCCAUUAUGGCGGGCUUUUAUUGGCUUGUUACGACGAUGUUAACGAACAAUACCAAACCAUUUGCAAAUUGGGAACAGGUUUCAAAGAUGCCGAUUUAGAGGAAUUACAUUCCAAAUUAGAGGAACACGUGAUAAAAGCCCCCAAACCAUAUUAUUGCACUGGGUUUAAUGAACAACAAGGUAGCAGCCCAGAUAUCUGGUUCGAACCCAAAUUGGUUUGCGAAGUUAAGGCGGCCGAUCUUUCCAUAUCUCCAUACAUAAGGCUGCCAUAGGCUUGGUGGACCCAGAUAAGGGCAUAUCCUUAAGGUUCCCUCGUUAUAUUAAACUCCGUGAAGACAAAAAUGCCGAAGAUGCCACUACAGCUACCCAAAUCGCUCAUUUUUACAAUCAACAAGAACAAAUAAAAGAUAAAAAUAACCAAGAUGAAAAUGAAUUAGAUAUUGAGGAUAAUUAAUCUUAUGAAUUAUAGUGUUUCAUUUUAUAGAUGUAUAGUAUUGUUUAAAUAUAAUUAAUU